AUGCCCUCAAGCAAAGCAGUACUUCUCAGCAAAAUCAAAUCCCUCAAGAGCUCUUCAUCAUCAUCAACAACAACAUCGGAUGAGAGCAAAAAGAAAUCUGCUGUUGGAGUGAAGGAAAAUAGCAAGGCUGUAUCGGAACAGAAAAAGCAGUCAGUGUUGCUUUCAUCCAAGAAGGAACAACAAGAUAAAAAGAGAAAGCACGUAGAGGAAGAGGACGAUGAUGAGGUUGAAUUGAUGGGAGCUGAUGAUAUUGAUUUGGAUGAAUAUGAAGAUGAUGAAUUUGAUGCAGAAGAUUUGAAUGGAGCCGACGAACAAGUAGAGGACGACGAAGAUGAGGAUGAUUUCUUUACAUCAAAGAGUAAAUCAAAAUCCUCGCAACAACAACCUUCUAAGAAACGAAAACAACAAGAGGAGGAUCUAAGUGAGGAGGACGAAGAAGACGAUGAUGAAGACGAAUACUCUUCUCAAAAGCCGUACUCUAAAAAGAAAGUCUUUUCCGAAGAGAACUUCUUUGAAGACGAUGAUGAAGACAAUGAUGACUUUUCCGAAUACACUGAAGAGGAACGACAACGAUUGCAACAACUCUCAGAAGAGGAACGACAACGAUUGGCACGAAUUGAAGAAGAAUCUCGGUUAGAAAUGGAGGACGAUGCACAGAGACAGGAUAAACCUAGUGUCAUGUCUGAAUAUUUAGAGGACCACGAAGAACUUCCCGAUACAGAGGGAGGUGAUAUUGGAAUUGCUGGUCUCACAGAAGACUUGACUAAAAUUCAUGAACGUAUUCAAGAGAAUCUCUCAGUUUUGGCUAACUUUAAGGAAUUAAGAGAGGAAGGAUUUUCUCGUGAGGACUAUCUUAAAUUAUUGAAGGCAGAUUUAUCACUCUAUUACGGAUACAAUCCAGAAUUAAUUGAUGUUUUUGCUUCCAUGUUUUCGUUACCUGAAUUGAUUGAAUUUUUGGAAGCUAACGAAAAACCUCGUCCACUCACAAUCAGAAGUAACAUUUUAAAAACAAGAAGAAGAGAAUUGGCACAAAAUUUAAUCAAUCGUGGUAUCAACUUGGAUCCUCUCGAUAAAUGGUCAAAAGCAGGUUUAAAGAUUUAUGAUGCCAAUGUACCUGUCGGUGCCACUCCUGAAUAUUUAGCUGGACAUUACAUGUUGCAAGGAGCUUCUUCAUUCUUACCAGUGAUGGCCCUUGCUCCAAAAGAGAAUGAAAAGGUUAUUGACAUGGCUGCUGCUCCUGGUGGUAAAACAACAUAUUUAUCUGCUCUCAUGAAGAAUACAGGAGUGAUUUUUGCCAAUGACGUCAACGUUGACCGUACUAAGGCUCUUAUUGCGAAUAUUCACAGAAUGGGCUCACGUAAUUGUAUUGUUGCCAACUAUGAUGGUCGUGAUUUGCCUACGGUAUUGCCUACAAAGGUUGAUAGAGUGUUGCUUGAUGCACCAUGUACUGGUUUAGGUGUUAUUUCUCGUGAUCCUUCAAUUAAAUCCCAAAAGGGAAAGAAGGACAUUGAGCUGCUUUCCAAGUUGCAACGUGAAUUAAUUUUGGCAGCCAUUGAUUGUGUCGAUGCUGACUCCCCAACAGGUGGUUAUAUUGUAUAUUCUACUUGUAGUGUGAGUGUGGAGGAAAAUGAAGCAGUCGUAAAUUAUGCUCUCAAGAAGAGACAUGUGAAAAUUGUGCCAACUGGACUUCAAUUUGGUAAUCCUGGUUUCAUCAAAAUUGGAGAACGUCAUUUUGAUCCAAGCUUAAAAUUGACUAUGCGUUACUUCCCUCAUGUACACAAUAUGGAUGGAUUUUAUGUUUGUAAAUUGAAAAAGCUCAAGAAUGGAAAGAAACUUUCGGAAGAUGAACAAGAACGUGAAGACAAAUUGGUUGAAAAGGAGAAGGAGGAUAAAGCACACGAAAAACAACGCAGAAUUAAGGAACAACAAGAGCGUGAGGAAAAGAACAAGAAAUUAUUGGAGGAGGCCAUCAAGCUUGCAAAUGGCAACGAACAAGCAGGCAUUGAACUUUUCCACAAGCGAAAAGAAGAAUUGGCUCAUCGAAAGAAAUUCAAAACAACAAAACGAGCACAGGACAAAUUCAGGCCUAUUCAUGAACGAUCAAAAUCACAGAAAAAUAAGCAAAAAGCAGGAUCCGUGGUGAAUUAUGUGUAA